AUGUCCGCGGACGCCUUUUCCGCCGCGCCAUUCGGCUCCCCGUACCACUCUUCCGCCACUGUCAGCGCAACCUUCCCCUCGAGCUUCCCCGCGUCCGCGCUCCCCGCGCCGUCGUGCGCGGCCGCGUGCUUCUUCCCCGCGGCGGGGGCUCCCCCUCCCCCACGGCCUCCGCUUCCCGCUCCGCUUCCGCCUACUCUUCCGCUUCCGCCGCCGCGGCAGGUGGACUGCCGGCGCAUGAACCCGCCCCUGGGGCGGCUGAUUUCGCGCCUGUGCGGGUUCCAGUCGGGGAUUAUGCAGCGCCGCCAGCACGUGUUCGUGAUGCACCACGGGGAGCGCGCGGACGCCGCCGACCCCCUGUGGGCGCGCAGAGAGGGCGCGGAGCGCGCGUGGGACCCGCCCCUGUCGGAAUGGGGGAAAUAUCAGGCCUAUGAGGUGAGCAUGAGGCUGAGGCAGGAGGGGUGGGGAGUCACGCGCAUAGUGUGCGCGCCGUACCUGCGCUGUGUGGAAACCGCCCUCGAGCUGCUGCUCGCACUCACUGACGCACAACCCCUUCCGCCUCCCUCCUCCUCUGCUCCCACCGCUGCUGCCUCUGCUGCUGAUUCUGAUGCUGGUGCUGGUGGUGGUAGCAUUGGCGGCAGCUUUGGCGCCGGCAGCAGCAGAAUCAGCAGCAUGGUUCCAGGGGGCAUGGUGCUAGUGGUGCCAGCAGUGGUGGAGCAAUCCUCCCUCACGCCUCAGCCGAGCCUAGCCCUUCCUCCGGACCGCAAGCGCAAGUUCGGCAUGUGGGACGGGGCAUGGCAGGGCGCGGGGGGCGUGGGGGGGGGGGAGGUGCGCGUGGCAGUGCACUACGGGCUGCACGAGGUGGGGCAGGGGCAGGGGCAGAAUGAGGGAUUCUGUACUGUAGCUGGCAACACUGGCAGCAGUGCUGCCGCCUCGCUGGCACCUCGUGACUGGCUGGAAGGCAUGUUCCCGCCAGGCUCUGUGGACAGGAUUCUGCCAGUUGUCGCUCGGUCGGCGACUGCUGCUGCUGACGUGGCACUGCCAGGCUGGCCUGAGGACGUGGAGGAGGCAGCGUUGCGGCUGCUGCGGUCGAUUGACCACGUGGCAGAGCAGGUGGGCAUUGGAAGGGGAGCUGGUGGGCAUGGAAUCAGGUGGGCAUUGGAAGGGGAGCUGGUGGGCAUGGAAUCAGGUGGGCAUUGGAAGGGGAGCUGGUGGGCAUGGAAUCAGGUGGGCAUUGGAAGGGGAGCUGGUGGGCAUGGAAUCAGGUGGGCAGAAAAGGGGAUGGGAAAAAGGGAUGUGCAGGGAGGUUUGACGGGGGGUGUGGCUGCUGCGGUCAAUUGA